AUGAAGUCAGCUACCCAUGACUGCAUGCAUGCUCUCCGAAGAGCGUGGCCGGAUAGCGAGAACGAGGCUGAAAAGCGCAAAUUCGAAUUGAUCAUCGAUCACAAGUUUCCGCAUGGUAUUUAUAGAUCGAGAAAGAUAAGAGAGAUCAAGAUGAACCUCUAUUAGAUUGUAGUUCCUGCUUGUGCUUCUUUUAGAAGAGAAGUAUUAACAUUUCAUCUAUCUUACAUAUCGUAGGUCCAAUCCGAACCGACUAACAUUUCAUCUAUCACUUACAUAUCUAUCAAAACCAAAAUCAAAAACAGGCGUCUCUUUCAUCCGCUGCUCUGGUGACAAGAAACCAACCGAAUUAGCCACGGGGCUGCUUGAGCGAUUCGCUCAGGGUCAGGAAAAGAGUCUUGCACUAACACGAGUUCUGCCUUGCGAUUUCCUGUAUAAUUUGAAUUAGCUUUUUUUUUAGAUUCCGAAUUUGUUUUUGUUUGUGAUGCAUUUAUGAUACAACUACGCACCUUGAUGUGUUAGAAUCAUUUGAAAACCUUCUCCAGUGCAGAUGAUUCAAUACUACAUUACAUUACAAUUUAUUGUUGCCAAAAAAACAACAGCGUCGAACCCACUCUCGAGGCUUUCCGUGCUUUGGCUGAGAAGGAGAUCAAGCCGGUCUUCGCAGACAAGACCAAGGUCCUCACUUGGGCUCUGCAGUUCAAGACGCGAGGUGUGAAGAAAUUGACCAAGGAUGCUAUUUUGAAAGUUAUCGAUCAGUGGUCUGAUGGCCAUCCAGUCAGCAUCGACAAGCCGGAUGUGUGCAUUAAUGUGGAGGUGAACCCGUUGUUCAUGGGAGUCGGAUUGCUCGCAAAAUGGGAGAAGUAAGAAUGUUCUUACUUACACAAUUUAUUUUAUGCACCAAAAGCAAAAUUUCAUCCAAACUUAAGCAAGAAACCAAACUCUCUUCUCAACUACAGGUACCACAAGUACAACGUGAAUGAAGUAAGAAACCAAACUCUCUUCUCAACUACAGGUACCACAAGUACAACGUCCAAUCCAUUAUGAACCCGGAUGCCGCCAAAAAGGAAGCUGAGGCGCACCGUGUUCGUGGCACAGCUAAGGCUGGAAAGGAAGGCGAAACCAAGAAGGAAACUGAGGCCAAGAAGGAAGCCGAGACCAAGGCUCCUGCUGCUGAGAAGGCUGCCGCAACUGAACCUGCCGCAAAGGCGGAUGCUCAGGCUGCUGGUGCGUGAAUUUGCUGAAGCUGAUAUAGAAGAAUCAGUGUUGAAUGGAUCGUGAUUGUGGGGUAACCAACACUGAAUGAAGGACUGACUGUUAAGCACAUAACGACAAGCACCUCUUGCUAGGCAAUGCAAACACCUCUUGCUAGGCACAUUCAUUCAGAAGAAGAAGCACGAUCUACUACAUCUAGUGACGAUUGAAAUUUAGAUGUUGUACUUAAAACACUCGUUUCGAGUUCUAUGUACAACAAUGGGGGUGAGCACUUAUAUCACGCAGUUCUUUGUGACAGGGAAGCAAUCGUGCUUGUAUCAUGUGCGAUAUUAUACCAACCUCAACGAAGUUAUGAAUAUCAGAAGAAAGAAGUUCUUUGAGAAUCUUCAACGAUCCUGUUUUAAUAUAUCCUGAAUUUGGAAACCGAAACUGCGAGGUCAUCCUGCGCAAAUAACGCACGGACAAAAUUGGGAAAGCAGACUUCAUUU